AAAUGUCAAGUGCACUGGAAAAGAAACAACUCGAAAUUUUGGACCGACAAGAGAAAAUCAAGAAGGAAGCACAACAAAAACAAUCAUCGGAAAAAACAGAGGAACCCGAGAAAAAAAAGAAGAGAAAAUCAUCAAAAAGUGGAGAGGAGAAGGAAAAGAAGAAGAAGAAAAAAUCAAAAUCAAAGGAUGAAGCUGGUGGUCCGAAACAUGCCCAAUUUUACUCGGCAGGAACUUAUGAAGAGGAGGCAGAGAGUGCCGCUGUUCAAACACCUGUAGCUGCCUCUUCCGAGACAACAGAGGCCACUCCUACAUUGACUAAACAAGAAAAGGCACAAAAAAAGGCCACGAAGGAACAUACACUUGGGUUGAUUACUUUUAAAAUUAUUGAAUUUUUGCAGGAAGACACUUCUAAAAAGUAUACAUUUCAACAAAUUUUGGAAGCCAUUGAUCAUAGCAGUUGUACCAAUGAAGUUGACGAGGAGGAGGAAAAGGAAAAAACUGGAGUUAAAUUUGAGGAUUCACUUGCUGCUCAUCUUGACGAUCGGAUAAAGAAGGCCAUCUAUCUGAAAUUAAUGCAAAAUCACAAGGUGGAUUAUCAAGGACCAACCACAAAGAAUAUCGAUGAAAAUGCUACCUUUUGCUUUAAGGCUAUCCAUCAGUCUAUCAAGGAAAAAAAACACGUAUUGGAAUUAUUGCAAAAUCCAGAGUUUGUAAUUAGUGGAAUUCCUGUAUCUGAAUUGGCUGAAAGUUACAAGGGUGUAUUAAAUGAUAUUGAAGAGCUCAAGAAGGAAAAGGCUGUCAUUUCCAUACCCAACCAAGAUAAGAAGUGUGACAUUUUGUACUUUAAUGAUGUGAGUGUAGAUAUGCCAAUAGUUGAUGUUAAACUGAGAGAUUUGUGGAGGGGAACAAGAGAGAGACGUAUUCCUGCAUCAGAUUUACCAUCCCUCCUACAAAAAGUUGGUCUUCCCGCUAUACAAACUGUUGAAUGGCCAGAAGAUGAACACAGAAAGAAGAAGGAAGCUGAAAGAGAAGAAAAUGCAAAGAAUACCAAGACUAAACGUACUCGUAAGAUGAAUGUCAAGAAGAUGACCAAUAAGCACUUGGCUGAAGAAUUUGUUGCUCACCAAAAGUAAAU